AUGGAUAGAAGCUUGAACACCGUGGUUGUGAGCUAUGCUCCCGAGUUCAAUGACGACUCAGCAAGGUUGUCGAAACUAAACAAAGAGAAAGAAAUAGGUGAAUUCUUAGAAGAGGCGCGUUUUAAUUUGGCUACGCGAGUUAUGCCGAAUGGUGUUGAACUUAUUAUUGCCAAUGAUAAGAGUAAGCCAUCUUCUGUUAAGAUGGUAACUAAAGACUCAUCACAACAACAGAAAAAGCAACAUGUUCCACAGCAAUUAUACAGCGAGCUAAGUCAAACUCCUUUCCGUCCUAUGACUUUAACGCCAAGUACUUUAAAGAAUAAAAUGAUACUUGUAAUGCCAACACAAAGUGCAAAUCAGGAAAAUUUUUAUUUGCCUGCUGAUUUUAAGCAGUUUGUGACGAAAACCUGCCUAACGACUUAUACUUACCGCACAACAUAUCUUCAAAAUGGGUCUACAACUGUUGAAAGCCGGGAGCAAGUUAUAUCUAAUAUAGCAACCGAAGAGCGUAACUAUUUGGAGAUCACACCACCUUUACCCUUGGAUUUAACUUUGACGCAAACGGCUUCGUUAGCGAUAGGAAUAUUUCCCGCGACAUAUUCUUAUUACAACACAAUAAAUGACAAUGACCAUUCAGUGGUACAGUUAUCCAAGCAUACGAUUGUUAAUAUGAUAGCAGGGCCUGAUGGUUACAUAAACUAUCUUCAGCCAUCUGAAGAGGUUACACCUAUAUACGAAACUAAUACAUAUUACAGCAAGUUAAAAUUUUCAAAUAUUCUACAAACGAAUGAUGCUGAAGAAAUGUUUGUAACCACCAACAUACUCACACAAGUGAUAAUAACAGAGUCAUUGGCGCCAAGUAAUUCGCUACUGCUAAAAUACGUUGGACCUAGUUCCACAAAUAUUAAAAGCGAACCUGAUAAGAUAUUAACAUAUAAAAAAUCGGAACCUAUAAAACAUCCGAAAACAAUAUUGCAUGAAAAGAAAAUAAAGGCAAGUGAGAACGAAAAUUAUUCCACGAUGCAUAGAAUUUUGCCGUUCAAAAAAUUAGCAACAUCGGGGAUGGUUGAACGAAUACAAAGUGCACAAAAUGAGCAUAAUUCCACUGUCAAUUAUCGCACCUGUAUUAUCGAGAAUGUAAUCACUGAAACAGUACCGAGUUCGUUGUUUCACAAUGAGUUGGUUUCAAAAUUUCGUAACGUAUUGCAAACUAUUAAGCCCGAACGACAUAUUUUUAUGACUACUGCUUCCUUAUUGAAUGGUCAAACGUUAGAAAUAACAGCAAUGCGUGUAUUCAAACCAUCAUUAGUCACGGCGAAAGAAGAAUUAAAAAAUGGUUUAACACCAGAGGAAACAACAGUAGUCAUGUCUACAAACGUUCCUUUGCAGAAGAUACAUACGUUGAGUGAUGUGCUAAGUAAACGCACUAAGUUGAACACCACGUUAAAAAUAUCGACUACAGCCACGACAAUACAAAACACUUCUACAGGACUGUUUAAUACAGUGCAUGCAAUCUUCGAUGAGGACACAUUAAAUGCGGACACUGAAUACAACGAAUACUAUUCACCACAGUUUCUUAAACCAUCUAAACCACAAAAAAAUCAGACAAAACUACAUUUGGUUGAAAAUAUUAUCAUUACUACACCUACGAACAACAAAACUCGGCUACCGGUUGCAGUCAAUCAAAUAAUUGACUCACUGAACUUACAACGUUUGAAUGCUUUACGGCCAGUUAUAAACGCUAUGGCCGGUUUGUUACAAGGUACUUUUGCUACAGCUUCAAAUCAGUUACAGCUAAUAAGUAGUUCCUCAGUUCCAUCACCGUUGUCAACUGGUACAGAAAUUGCAUCCGUUGGCAGCAGUACGCAUAUGAGCAGUACGAAACGUUAUGAUUAUCAAGAAAUAAAUGGAGGUGCACUAAUAAAGCAGAAAAAGCCUUUAUAUAUACCAGUAAUAGAUUAUGAAAUUGUUAGUCAUAAAAAAAAAUCAUCUAAUAAUGCAGCUGUAAGCGCAGGCGGGGAUCCAUUAGGCAUGUAUACUGCGCAAAGUUUGCACUUACAAUCAGAUGCAGUUAUUAAAUAUCUACAACAACAAACCCUGUCACACCAUGAAAAUAGCCAUAGAAAAUCACAAAAUUUGAAUAUGUUAUCAGAAACCAACAACUUUAACAUUUUGCUACCUAAUGGCGGUAUACCGAUUAGACCGGGAGAGGUUAUCAGAGCUAAUUCUGAUGUUAUUAUUGGUAAACCGAAUGGCAUCCAGCAUCCUCAAAGUCUUCUUGCUAGUAAUUUAGCGAAAUUGGAGGAACAAAGCCAAAAUCUUAAUGUGAAAAAUUUUGAUAAAAUUUAUAAGCAACAAGUGCAAGCAUUUGGUAGUAACAAUAAGCCUUUUAUGAGAGGCACAAUACCUCUAAGCCAUGAAUUACAAACACAAAACUGGAAUUCACAACGGAAGCCAAUACUGAAGCAUAAGAAUAAUUUGCCACCAAAAUUAACAACCCAACAGGUUAUCCGCAAUUAUUAUGUACACAAUAAUUGGUUACCAGCAGAAAAUUAUCAAAAUUAUGAUUACCUGUUAACCCCACCACCACCAGCGGUCCUUUCAAAUAUAGAAAAAUUGGAACCUAUGCCUUCAUCACAUAUAACAAAUUUUACUGUACUAAAAAGUUUACUGCCUACAAGGCUUUUAACUCCUGUUAACGAUUUGUACAAAUCAAAAAAAAGGUAUUUAGCUAUAAAUAAUAAUAUUGCUAGUACUCACACGGACGCACAAAUAUAUGACAGGAAUUUAGCAUCUAUUAAUAAUAAUAAGUUAAUAAAGAUGCAUGACUUAAUACUGAAUAUAUCUAAAAAAUAUAUUAAUUAUCACGGAAAGUUUCCGCAAACCCGUCAACAGCCAGAAGUUUUUACAUUUCAACAACAAUCGCAACAAAUGGAAAAUCAGGAAAAUGAGAGUUCAUUGUCGAAAUACUCACCAUACUUAUAUUUAGCUUUAAAUGCUUCUGAUGACGCCGUGGUGUCGACACCACAGCCGUCAAAAUCGCCGGAAGUACAUGUAGGUACGCAAGCCAAUCAUCAAAAUAUAAAUUUACACACACACGUUUUCAGUCAUAAUGUGAAUAUGCAUGCACCCCCUUUGACAUUUAAAAAGGAAACAGACUAUCCAAAGUAUGCGACCGCUAUACAUGGUCAAAUACCGAAAGUUGCUGAAGGUGCGGUCAGGUACACAAUGCCACUUAUAAAAAUUCCACACAACGAAAAACAAGUGCAAGUUAAUUUAACACCUCAAAAUAUUAUCGAACAAAUCGGUAACCCCGGUGUUAUUGCAUAUGCAAAGAACAUUACUAAUACAAAAACUAUUUAUGUGGAAAAUAACGCCGACAGCUCAGUUAUUGAUUCAUUUUCUCUUUACAACAGCUUACCCAGUGAUUUGACGAACUUACAGCAGCAGGAAACUAAAGCUCAAAAGCCGCUACAAACACAAUUUAACCAUAACUAUGCACAUCUUUAUAUAAUGGCAAAUAAUAAUAAUAUAGAUAUCCACAAUCAAAGCUCCGGCAAUAGAGAUGAUGUCAAAAAUGAAUACCAAGCUAUAUUUUCACCCGCAGCAGCCGGUGUAACGACAUCAGAUACGCUGACUCAGCAGAGGUAUCCACAGCAUGCUGGUUAUAACGUUAAUAUGUACAGCCCAAAUGCAAAUGCAAAUGAGAAAUUAACAGACGUUAUAAAAAAUGUGACAAGUGUAAAUCAUGCAAUUGCUGGUUCUCUAAACACAGCAAAUUUAUAUUACCAAUCAAAUAACACGAUUGACGAAAUAAGUUUUUUAAAAAGUGGCAAUACUUAUGAUACAGCUGAUGAUGGGCUUCUUGACAAGAAUAGUAAAACCAGUGCUUUCAUAUCUCACAAAAAUCUAGAUAACAGCAAAUCUAAGCCCAAAAAUAGUCACUAUUGCAUUGUGGACGAGGAAAAUAUUGAAUUAAACGUGGAUCAACACACGGCAUCAACAAAUAGUUUAUAUCAAAAAAUGCGCACCGAACAACAGAAAGUAUUACAACCAUUUUUUUCACCCGUUGCUGCAAUGAAAGUCAGUAAUACACACACAACAAAUAUGGAUCAGUUAAAUGGUGAUGUCACCAGAAAUUCUGAACGAAACUCUACUGUUCCUUCAAGUCGAAAAAAUACGCAUCCGAUAAGCUACUAUGCAACUAAAGUUACGCAAGAGCACGUAGAAAUAUCAAAAAAGUCGCCGAUAACUUCCCAAAUGAGUCUUAAUGAAAAUAAAUGCGCACAUAAUACACAGUUAUUGUCGUGUGGUACCCAUUUCGCUGUUGAAAGAUCGCAAAUUUUACAAAAUGCGACACAAAAACAGCAAAAAAAAAAGAUUUAUUUUGCUAAAGGCGAUGUUUUUAAGACGAAUCUUGAAACCGACGCCUUAAGUGUACAUACAGAUGACUUAGUAAGCACAAUGUCAAAGAGUAAACAAGAAUAUAAACAAACGUCAAAAACAGGGGCAAGUAACAAAAAUAAAAUAUUAGCAGCAAAAGAAGAGGUUUUAUAUGCAACAAGCACAAUGCAUUAUCCAACCAUCAACAAGAUUGAUGAACCACAAGUCACGAUCAGGAAUAAACAACCAACCCACAACGAAACGCUCACAAUUAAUCAGCCUCAAAAAAAAAUAUGCGAUUUACUUUCGCCUUUUACAACAUCAUCAACAUUAUCACCACCUCCAAAACAACAACACCCCGAACCUUUACCAAAUGUUAAGCUACAGACAGCGGUUGAACAUACAAGUAACACCCAGGAUUACAAGACCAUCAGCUUAAAGGCAAUAAUGCAAACACUAUUACAAUCGGCACCACUACAAGCAACCCAAAUACCAUUACCAUCGUACACAAAAAAUAGAUACAUAUGGCGUACAACGGCGCUCACACCAAACCGGAACAUACCGAAAGAAAUACCCAUAUCGAAACUCAAUGACACAUUGACGCACAGCGUCGUAAAAGGAGACAUAAAUUUAAUCUCGAGUACAAAAGCGAUUCUAGCAACAGUGAGAGAUACAAGCAGUAUAUCAUUAGUAUGGAAUUCAUCGACUGUAUACACAGCUUUUCAAAUUCCAGGAAAGCAUGGUAAUAAUUUCACUGCAGAUUCAAAAUACACCACAGAGCUGUAUACAAAUAACAAAACAAAGAAUACAAUGUCUGUGCUACAAGCAAGCGAGUAUGAAUUUCAACCAAAGACAGAUGUGAACAUUAAAAGCAAUCAUUAUGUAUUGGUUACUAACAAACCUUUUCUCGAAUCUUCAGAAGCGGCAACGAUAUCCCCAAGUAGUAGAGCGUCGCUAACAGACGCCUUCACGCAUUUAAAGGAUUUACCAAAUGGAUUUCUUGGCGCGAACGUAGAGAAAUCAAAUCUUACAAAUGACGAAACAAAAAGUCAAUGGCGCCUGAAGUACAAUAGUCAAACAAACAUUUCUUCAGAUACCAUAUUUUACAAGAAUAUUGAGUUAUUACCAACAAAGUAUAUAACAAGAGCACAACUGAUUACUUCUUCCAGCACAGAUAGUAGGAUACUUAAAACAACUGCGUAUGAACAGUCACAAAAUGUUUCUUUCUUUGAAACCAAACUUCAAACGACCGAUAAAACAAUAACGCUAUCCGAAUUUGCAUUUGAAACCGCAACAGUAACAGAGUCAGAAUCUUCAACCGAGAAAGCGAAUGAGACAACAGUGAAAAUAUUAGAAACAUAUACAAACAUUUUCGCGGAGGCCACAAGGGUAACCGUUGGUAACGAAUUACCAAUUACAGAGACUGUUUUAGAUAAGAGAGAGAAGCCGGACAAUAGUUUUAACCAUGCCAAUGAUAUUACAACAAUGGUAACCGCAGAAGUUUUAGAAAAUGAUAACACAAACACAUAUUUUAAUGUAGGCAAUUAUAUCUUACCACAAUAUGAGCAGGAUCCUUUCACGCACGCCAUUCUAAGCCAUAAACCCCAAAACAAUAAUAUAAAGCAUAAUAAUAGUUUUGUAAUAUAUGAAAACAAUUUAAAUAAAGUCAAUAUGGGUACAAAAAAUGUAGUGCCACUUCUUAACAUUUCAAAUAUAACUGCAGAAAGUGUCUACGAGCCAAAAAACAGCAUUUUUAUUGUGAUGACAAACUCACAAAGUAAUAUUAAAGCCAAACAACCACAUGACCUGUCAAACGUUAUUAAACUUGAUAGUGCAGGUGCCUCGUCUACUGUUUCUGGCGCCGCUAGUGAUUUUGGCAAUAUUGGCACAAAUACAGGGACUAUACAAUUAGAUUAUGAUGACAGCGUAUCGGUGUUUAAUUUACCUGAACGAAAUGAAGAGUAUAUUACCGAGCCGCAUGAAUUUCGUACAAAGAUAAAUCAAGUACUGCUGGGGGGUGUACUUAUAGCAACGCCACCGAAGAUGACCGAUUAUACCGGUAUCAAUCCAAUGGAAAAUUCAACAUGCCUACCUCCAUGCAAAAUGACACGUAAUGAGGUGUGCACUAUGGCAGAGUUACGCUGGCUUUGUGUUUGUCGCCCUGGCUUUGCACGCAUGUUUCCCGAUCGCCCAUGUAAACCAACUUACACAUACCAACUGAGCCUACGUAUUGACCAUUUUGGGGAUUUUAAAUUGGUUUACGAUCACGUUUUGGACGAUAAUUCCACUAAUGAGUAUAAGCAUCUCGCAACGAUUACGAAGGAAGCAAUAAAUCGUAUGGUAAUGCAAUCCGAUUUACGGGAUAUUUAUCAUGGUGUACAGUUGUCAACAUUCACUCCAAUAUACGACGGAAAUAUGGGCACUGGUGGCAAGUCAGCCAACACAGAAUCAUCUGAUUUAUCAGCAAAUUUACUCUUACAGCUUUCAGAAAAUAGCAACGAGGUACGUCUUAUGGCUGUAUUCAAAAAGUAUUUACGCUUAACUAACUAUAGCAUCGGUGGCACAAAACUCUUCACGGAUCGUAAUGGUGUAGAAUCUUUGGCGAUAACGGAUUUCAACGAGUGUGCGCAUGGAAAGUUUCACGAUUGUUCUUCACACGCUCUUUGCUUUAAUCUUCAAGGCACAUAUACAUGUAGUUGCAAGGAGAAUUUCGCAGACUUAUCAGGCAACAGAAUUUAUCCGGGUCGUAUAUGUUCAGCCGAACUUGUCGGAUGCGAACGAUGCCAAUAUCAUGGCAAAUGUGCCAUCAAGAAAUUCAAUCACCCAUACACUUCGGAGCAUGUAGUGUGCGAAUGCUUUGCCUGGUAUACCGGUUCAACAUGCCAACUGAAUUUAAAAAUAGUUCUUAUAGUUUUAAUAGCCGUCGGUACGCUUCUCUUUACACUCUUGAUUUUUUGCAUUCUUCUUAUGUGUACCAAACGGCAUACAUUGCGUAAAAAAUAUCCUGCUGCAUCACAAUCGAAUACGGGUAUUCAUCGAAAAACUGGAUUACCCGAUAUUAGUCUAAUAAAUGGCAAAAGUACACAUGGUAUAAGAGGUUGUAGAUCGAAUCGCAUUAAUCUCGAUAAAUGUGCAAUAAUCAAGGAUACUAGCAGUGAAAAUAGUAAAAAUACGUUGCUAUAUGUUUUAAAGAAGGAUCUAACUGAUAUUUCCAAAAAAUCGUAUCGUCGAUCCAGAGAUCCGCAUAUAAAGGCGGACAGUAGCAGUGUGAUUGUGGAAGGACAACGAUAUUCACCUUAUGGUCACGUAGCAAAACCAGAAACAGCCAAUGUUAAUGCCACCUAUAAUGAAGACUAUACAUUAAACAAACAUAAUUCUUUCACGGAUUCAACGUAUAAACCUGCAAGUCAUACAGAUCAGCCAUUAACAGUAAUGAUACCACGUGCUAAAUAUCAUUCUUCCGCGUUGGCACAAACUGGAUUAUUUCACCAACAUUUAAUAAUGGAGCAUACAAAAAACCAACAUGAACAACGACGAAUACAACAAAAGCGGUAUAAUAAAUCAAAUCUUACCACUUUAAUGACACUGAGGCGGGACAACAAUGACAAUAAUAUGCAAAAACAUGAAAAAGAAUCAUCGAAACUGAACAUCAGAGGAUCUAAACAUGCAGAGGUGAUGCCUGGUCGAAAUAGUGUGAACGACGACUGUGACUUAAAAAACAUGCAUCUGCAUCAGUUGGGCGCUCUUGUUUCAGCUGGAUUUGAGGUUUCAGCCUUAGUAGGUGAAAACAUAUUAAUCACCAGCAGCACUGCAAAAAACGAGCAUAUAACAUUGGCCUUAAACAACAGUGGCAUUAUUGAUGAGUUCGAUUCAAAUAACCUCCGAUCUAAUAUCAAUAGGGGCUGCGAUAUUGCUAAAAAAAAUGAUCCCAAAGAUUCAAACAUUGAUAAUAGUAAAAUAAUAAUACGAUUGAAUCAAGCCACGCUUGCUCCAAGUGAACAACAGAAACAAUACCAUCAACAAAUGGCCAAACUAUGUUCACAUAGAUCGUCAAGUGAAAACCGUAGUUCUGGGAAGGAUGAAAAUAAAUCAACUAAGGCGCAAUCUCCAGAAGAAUCAACGGCCCAAACCACUAUGAAACCUCUACACAUAUGCUUCGAUGUAUUGACGUCCAACACAAAUGAUGAUACAAAUUCAAUGGCAGAACGGGAUGUCGGCUCCACAUUUCUAUUGCCGCAUACUCAUCUUUAUGAACCAGACAAGAUUUUUAACAGUUCGGCAUUGGAAUAACAACUGAUAUGAUUUUUAUAAAUUUCUUGUCUGAAAUAUGAUAUAAUUACGCAUUUACGUAUUUAUUGUAGUUGUUAUUAAAAAGUGUAAUGAGCCCACGUAUGUUGCGUCCCUAUGCGCUUUGGCACGUGUUCCUAUAAUAUAUCUGCUCAGUUCAACUGUAUGCCGUGGUAAUCAAACACUAUUAUCCAUCAAAUAUUAAUAGUAUAUUUUUCUAGAAUCAACAACAAUAUUCAAAUAUUUUAAACUUCAAGAAUAUUACAAUUAUUUAAUAUUUAAUUAUACCAUAAACAGGAUACA